AUGGCUACUACACUGUCCACUAGGCAGGGACUACUAACAAAAGCGCUGAAUAGGCUCAAUAGUGCAUUGGAGGCUAACAAGGAUUGGGCACAAGCAAUUCUACAACCUCCAUCGGACGAGCACGAGCGAAGGAUCUAUAUGAGGACGGAGCGGGCGCAGAUCCGAACGGUGAAGGCCAUUCUGGAAGCGGAAACGCUCAGUGUUGACGACGCGUUGGGACGCUACAGUAGUGCGGCUGACAGUUUGGCAGCUGAUACUCCGUCGUUGGAGGACAUCCUCAGAAAGGUCAAUUCCAACGUCGAAACGGCCGUAGCUGUUCUGGAUUAUGGACAUACAAUGCUGACCGCCCUGAAGCGCCGCCUAGAGGAGCUCGAUGAAAUGGAAACUCACACAAGCUUCUCAGAAGCCCCUCAGACAAAUUUGGCGCCGAUUCCUAUUCCCAAGUUCAGCGGACGCAUCUGGGAAUGGGACACCUUCUGGGGAGCUUUCCAGCACUCUGUGGAUUCUCGAGAAAUAGACGAUUUGUACAAGAUGAAUUACCUCCUUGACGCACUUCAAGGCGAGGCUAAAGAAACCGUCAAGCAGUUCGAGGUGUCUGGUCGCACCUAUCCAUUAGUCGUCGCCCAUUUGAAGGAAAAAUACGGAAAUACACAGGCUCUUGUAGACCACAUGAUACGCAGACUACAAAAAGCGCGAGCACAAAGCGAACGGUUGGAACACCAAGAGAAACUCUUGGAGGAGUUGUCGUCGAUCGUAUCGCAGCUUCAACUAAAAGGAGAGAACGUUGACAAUUGUUUUUUGCAAGAUCAACUCCUAGGAAAGUUUACAGAAGGAAUACAACGUCACGUGUUACGAACUAAGGAACAGCGGUCACCAAACGACAACUGGGACACCAAUAUGCUUCUCAGCUGUGCGAAAGAAUAUAUCCGGACGGAACUCAAGAUCGUAACCCGAGUUGGGAAAAGGCGAGAGCAGCAGCCGGUACAAGAGCCAGCAGGAGACAGGAGGUAUCCCCGGACAGGGCGGAAAAUCGCCUCAGCUUCGGAACGUCAACACUCCUGCUUCUACUGCGGUAAAGGCGAUCAUGCAGCAAAGGACUGCACCGAAGUGGCUACACGAGAAGAAAGAAUGUCCUUUAUGCGGAAACGAAACCUGUGUCUCAACUGUGGCUCUGCAGAACAUUGGGCAGGGCAAUGCAAAGGAGGAGCAUGCAGAAUAUGUAACAACCACGGCCAUCACACCUCCCUUUGCCAACAACUCCCUUCUGCGACGAAGAAACCAUCUGCAGCUCACGAAUCCAAAAAGCCGCACCAGACAUCGAAUAGAGCCACUCCCAAGCGGCCUGUUCAGAAAUCACUGAAUUCAUCCAAAAUGAACACUGUGGUAUCAGAGCCCCAACCAUCCGAUGAGGUGCCAACCACAGCUGCCUUCGUCAACCUUCAGCGAAGCAUAGCUGACGUCCACAUUCUCGUGGGACAAGCGCACGUCCUGAACCCAAAGGAUCAAGCUCUGGAAGCUAUUCAUGUACUGCUCGACACUGGGGCCGAUCGCUCAUUCAUCUGUACUGAGCUGGCGGAUCGCUUGCAGUUGCGAGAUAUCAGUUCAACCAAGUUGACUAUCAACACAUUCGGCUCUAAGCAGCCUCUGCAGCAAACAUGCGGAAUAACCCAGGUGCAAAUGUGGGAUUCCUACGGGAAAUCUCACAGAAUAACGGUUACGAAAAUAGGGACUGUCACAGAGCCAAUACUAAGACGCAGCCUCAGCGAAGAGGACAGACGAUUUCUGCGUGACAACAAUAUCUGCCUUUCUAUACAUGCGGAUAUCAUGGAACUCAAACCUCAAGUGCUACUGGGAUGUGCGGACCUGUACGCAUUUCUUGAAGGAGGCUUCGCGAACCAGAAGACGCUGCCUUCGGGACUGACACUCAUUCCUUCGAAACUAGGAUAUCUCGUGUCUGGAUAUGAAACACCUCCAGAAACGCAUCCUGUGGAACAGCCACACUCCGACGCAGGAGUCAAAACGAGCACGACAGGUUCCAUUGAAGACGAACAGGACUGGGAACAGUUCUGCACAUUUGAGUCGACAGGGUUCCUAAAACAACCAUCGUACUGGUCAAAAGAAUGUCGAAUGUUCGCCUUACCAGUUGAACAAUCAUGCUCGGUCACAACAGUUACAAGGUCCUCAUCGGAACUCCUGGAUUGGACUCGACACAAUCAUCUGCCGUCCGUGAAGAGAACUUUGGCGUAUGUACUGCGCUUCAUCCAUCGACUCUCGCUGAAGGUGAAUGCGGAGCUGAGAAAACGACUCGAGGCAAGCAUUCCAGAACUGCGCCGGAUGUCAAGUGAUGCGUACAUAACGGCCGAAGAGAAUGAGAUGGCUCAACGAGUGCUCAUUCGCCAUCACCAAACCACUUGUUUCACGGAAGAACAGCUGAAGGCACUGAAACAACUUAGCGUUGUGUUGAUCUCAGACCCUGCUCUUCCAAGAAAUUCGUGGAAGCUAGGAAGAAUCAUUAGCAUACCUAGCUCUAACAGCGAGAAGAUCAGAGAAGUGCAAUUGAAGUUACCAAGCGGACACAUCGUUAGAAGACCAGUCAAUCUUCUCGUUCCACUUGAGUUGGAAGAUAGCGAAAACGAGCCUCCGCCGUUCGUAACGGAGCCAGAAACUCCAGGCGAACCAGAAUCAGCACCUCGAUAUGAGCUACGACCGCGAAAACGGGUGAACUACAAUGAAACUACGACUCAUUGCUCGACUGUCCAGUCCUCGACUAUGGUGAAUGCUCCAGCAAAGGUUCUGCUAGCUUGCGUCACAGCCCUUAUGCUGGCUACAAACGUUGCAUCGGCUGCCAAGGUAGUUGGGCAUAUGUCCUGCAUCCCAGGAGGAGUGGCAAUUACUACUAACGACGUCGAGCGGUAUGAACUCUGUGUGGAAGGCAACUGUCACGUAAAAGACAAUCCCCACGGAAAGGAAACGAUACACUUUCCACCAGAAGUACUUCUACACGAACACCAUGUCCAGUUGAAACUUUUUAAAGGACAAAGCCUCAGCCUUCUGGAAGCCUCCUGCUCACCUGCCUCGUUUUGUGAAAAUAUCCGUUGUUGGAUUUGCACCGCUAACAUCUUCAACCCGGAGUGUUCCCCACGAGCGGCAAUCACGGCGAUCGCCUUCAUCAUAUACAUUGGGAUCGCAGUUGUGUAUGUACUGUGCUUCGUACCCGUAGUGAUCGGCAAACCGUGCCGUCUCUUCGGUAGAGGAAUGUGCAACUUCAUCAAGUUCACUGCACGCGUAGUGUGGCUACUCUGCCGCAAAUUACUAUUCCACCGAAGACAACUGGCUCGAAGAUACGAUGUACAGGAAUUCUUGAACACGCCUCUUCUAGCCGUCAUUUCUGUCAUCACCUUUUCUUCGCUUACGUUGUCUUGUCAGGAUAUCGACGUUUUCUUCUACCACGACUCCAUCUGCACUUUCGCUCCAAGUGGGCGGCUGAUAAGAGUUCAACCGACUGUACCGAUCAAUUACAACAAGAUGCGUAUCACCCUUACCAGCCUCUCCUUUCCGCCCACUCCGAUGUUAGCGUCAUCUUUCAUCUCCGACGGUUCUCGAAUGGCUCUUUGGAAUCACAAGGAAAUACCACACUUCCUUUGUGACUCAGAAGAACAAGCUAGGUUGCUCAACUGCACCGUCACCACAAAUUGUAAAUGCGAACCGGCAGAGAACAAAGUGACCUGUGUAUGCACCGAUUUCUACUUCACAAGCGUCUUUUCAAAAGAAAUCGAAAAUCGCUUUCCAAUACGGCGCCCUUGGAUAACAUUUGCGACAGCAAAGGACGAUGCAUCCGCAGUCGUGGCUUGGAUUCCCUCAUUUACCACAACGGAACUCUUAAUACAUCUGAAGGAAGAAUUUGACAACACCAUAAAGAUGGUAACGGACUCCAUCUGCACUGUUCCCAAUUCCAUCGCGAAAGGAUGCUAUCAUUGUCCGCAGGGAGCGACCGCAGAAGUAACGUGUACAACAAAUGGCAAUGCUACCAUGGCUACGGUAGUAUGCGAGGAGCAGUCCUUCACUAUUCCGUGUCAAGGAACAGGAUCGACGUCAACUUUGCGGUUCACUCACUCGUCAGCGAGAGUGAUGAAAAAUUGCACGGUUUCAUGUGGCACCGCUGAAACAACCUUCGAAAUCACCGGGGUUCUUCAGUGGGUCCGGACGAUCUACGGAUCAGCAACGAAAGUCAUCAACAGUGAAAGCAACGUGUAUGAUGAGCUGAUAUUUCCAGAUUUUGGACACAUUUUCGACGUGAUCCUCCACUGGUAUAAGACCGUCAUCAUCGUCCUCAUCAUACUUGCACUCGCACUGAUACUUGGAUACAUACUCCUGUGGUCCUGCGGGUGCACCAUCAUAGGCUUGAUAGGACGCAUGAUGCUGAAGGUUGCCUGGGGAUUUGUAUUCAUAAUACUCCUUCCAAAGAAGACGCCAUCUACCACUGCUGAGACGAAUACCACUGCCACUGCACCAUCUGUACCGGGAGCAACACCGCAAUCCAAACCGAGAGUACCGCCGAAACGGCCAACUCCCGCAGCGAAGCCAGCGGCGACGGCUGGGAAGGGUCGCGCUUCUGGAACAAUGCUGAAGGAACUUCUUCAACAAGGAAGUCGGAUUUUGCGUUUAGCCGCAUGCAAAGUCGACCAGCUAGCUCCUGCCGUUACCGUCACUUCAUCAGAAGAAAGCAUGCAGUACCUUAAGCGUUUCGAACAGUUGCUGCAGACUCAUCACGUACGGAGCGAAACUGCACAAAAAUCAAUCGAAGCUAAAAUCGACACGCUGAUGCUGAAGGUGGACACGAUCACGAAUCGCCUUGAUCGAGUAGAGCAAAUGAUGAAGGGAACCGCUACUGCUUCUGCAUUGAAGGAACAGUCGUCGGUGGAGCAAACUCGAUGGAGAGAGCUUCAGAUAGAGAUUCAAGGACUGCAAGCUAAAGUAGACGCACUGAACCUCCCGCAGCUUCAAAGAGACAUGGACGAACUGAAGGCAAGUCUCAAGGAGCUGAAUUCCCAAAAUGUUGUCGAUGUGGACUCGCAACCAAAUGCCGCGAGGGAGCCCUCCUCCGAGAUGGAGAGGGUUCUGCGACAGAUGGGUGAGACUGAACGAGAGCUCAAAGAGAAGCCAGAAGAAGUUGUGAUUCUCGCAGCACCGGGAGAGACCAGGACGCACGCCGAGGACAGGAGAAACGACGCAGUUCGACAAGAUCGACGGACCACCAGCACAGACGGCCCAAGUGAAAUGCCUCGUACAACA